CAAAAGGGAAAUGCUGCCUACUACUCUCUGCGUGCGCCUGCGCGCAGAACGGGAAGCACGCUUGAGCAGCUCCCGCGGGAGUAAGAGAACGAGGGAAUGGCCAACAGAAUGAACUGUUUAUGAACGUGUUUUGUUCUGCAGCUGGUAAUUACCCGCACGUCAUGCGAUACCCCAAAAGAAAGACGGAAACAAAGAUUCUUAUGGGGGCAAAAGGUAAAACUGGUACCAAAAAAAUACUACCUCUCUGCACAUCUUCCAGUUCAAUGAGCUCCCAGUCACGUGUAUGGUACUUCUUUUUUUAUGUCCCGGGUGCUCUUUUAUAUGACUUCACCUUGUGCUUUACAUCCAAUUUUAGGCUCAAGUUCAGCUCAAUAUAUUUUUAAGAACCAAUUACUAAUCAAAGUAGGCCAUCUCACAAAAAUGUCUUAAUUGUCAGUGUCAUUGUCAAGUCAUUCCUAAAAUUACUACCUUGUACUUUCUGCGAACUUGCAUUUCCCAAAAAUGGAUUACGUUGAUAUUGAAUCCUUUCGCUCAAAGUACAGCGACUUAACUGUGACCGCCGUGCCAAGUAGCUCCAAGCGGAAUGAUGAACAUCAGCAGCAAGCCAUUGAGCAGGAGGGAAAGAUAGCAGCCAAGUCGCAGGAGCCACGUGUAGAGAUUACCAGAAUCCCUGGAGGAGGAGCUUCUGCCACUGCACCCAUUAAUCAACUGAUGGCUACGCGCCACAGGACCCAACAGAGCGCAGCUGCCUUGGUAUACGCCAACGAGUACAAGGAGGUGCUGGCCAAACUGGAGUACACCAAGUACAUGCAGUCUCAGCUCCAGCGGAUGAUCCUGACCAGUCAAUCAAACUGUGGUGGAGGAGCUGGACUUAAUGGCAGCUUGUUUGGGAUAUUGCCCACGUCUAUAACUGUGGAUGAAAACACCAAUAUAGAGGACAAGUACACCGAUUUACUGAAUGUCCUGACCGAAAUCCGACCCCAUUUGCCGCCAACAAUGAUUGGAGUGCGACCCCGCAAGGAUUGUCUGCUGCGGGACAUCGGCAAAGCCAGGGUUUUGGUAAGAGAAUGUCUUCUACUCCUGGAGAGCGAUCAGCACCCUCAGAUCGACGGAAACCAGUCCCAAGGUAGCUCCCCCAGUGAGUGACGUCACUCGGAGCUCUGACUUAUCCAUCUCUACAUUGUUAACGACACUUCUCUGGGAGCAGCGGGAAUGUGUGUGCCAUAAUAAUAAAAAGCGAGAAUAACAAAAGCUAGCGGGGAGUUCUAGGAACCCU